AUGGCGGCCUCAGCGCGAUUUGCGGAAACCGAUUUCCCAGCAGAGGUUGAAGACCUUAUGUCCUCGCUCCCUUCGGACUCCGCUCCAUCUUGCUCUGCAGUCGCCGGCUAUGCCGUGAUCGCAUCUGCCAACUCCUCUCAUGCCCUAGUUUUCGCGAUAGCCGUUGGCUCUGCUUUAGAUUCCGUCUCCAUUCCUCUCCAAUCUCACCAAGAUCCGCAUCCACCAUCGCUCGCCACUUGGACCUUGUCGCAGCGAACUGAUACCUUAACCUCCGUCGCCGUUGCCGCAUUGACCCGCGAUGGAACCCUACGCGUAUACAACUCUGUAGAUGUCCGCUCGCGGUCCCGCCCACGUGCUGAACAAGUCCGCUUGGGUUCGGCUUUGGCUUCAAGCGUAAGCGAUGAUUCCGCUCCACCAGCUCUCAACGUGUGCCGCUCCACCGAUGGAUCCUUGUACAUAUUCGGCGGCCGUGGAUCUGCUGCAAUUGUUCGUGACCGUGGCGGAAGACUUGAAGUACACCCGUUACCUCGUUCAAGCGAUGCGGACACAGGGUCCAUCAGAUUCGGUGCCAUGUUUUACUCUGCAAUCAAGUCCAUCGGCGCGGUCGCCGGCGGUCGAGAUGACGAUUGGGAGAAUGGAAGCGGACCGCACCAAAUUGUCGCCUGUUCCCCGACGACAGGUCAACCGGGGGUUAUUAUCGUGAGAAGGGCUGGCGAUGUCGAGAGAUGGGGACCGGAGGGUAGGCUCUGGAGUUUUAGUGUUUUCGAUUUUGAAGGAGGGCGCGAUUCCAGGCGGUCCGUAUUGAGCGCAGGGAUGACUACUCAUGAUACCGCAGUUCUUUUAGUACAGAGUCGUUCAGAGGCCGGCAUGGGACACAAGAUUGUUUGUUUUGACGUGCGUUCUAGCAACUCGAUUCCAAGACGAACCGAAAUGGUAGUUCCGCUCAAUGAUGAUCAUGUUGACCCGGACUCUCAGUGUCUGAUGGUCGUCUCAGGGGACAUAGCGUACUUUUACGUUGAGGGGAAGAAGACCAUGGCAUGGCUUUCCGUGGCCAGAGGGAUUCCAUCAGAAGGACAGGUACAGGGAAGCACCACUGUCGAUUCUGACUUGAAGGUCUUAAGCAUGGUUGAUGCGUCUUAUGGACUUCCAGAAUCAUCGGCAACUGGAGGUAUUGCCGCGUUUAUUCAUUCUGGUGGCGUUUGGCUUGUUUCCUCGUCCGUUCCCGCCCCGAUCAGCUUGGAUGAGGAUGUGCCACUGGCGGGGUUGGCGUCCGUUUCCGCAGCUGUUCCUGAUCUUUGGAGGAGCCUGCUACAGUACUCCGCAGACCAAAAGGGGGCAGCCAAAGCGAGUUUGCGAGGGUUAGUGAAAUCGCUUAGAGCAGAAGGGUUUGAUGUGUCCGAAUCUCUCAGCGCACUCGUGUUACUGAUAAGCAGAAAGAUUAUAGUUUCAGAUCACGAUCCCGAGUCUGCUCCCUUGACUUUGCUGAUCGACACGGAGCUGGAGAAGAAAUCUGGGCAGCACAGGAUCUUUCUGACGUUCCUCGCAGAUUCUGAAAUCUUCUCAGGUAUUAGGCCUGACUCUCCGUCAGUCACAGAAGACCGCAUUUGGGAUGCUAUCACGGUACAAUCGAGGUUCGAGGUAAUUACGGACGGGGAAAAACUCGCCGCUGCUCGUCGCGUCCGAGAUCUAGAAAAUCGGCAUGCGGCAGGAGGAUACUGCUAUCGCUUCAAUGAUGCAACAUCACGGGCGGGAAUCGGAAGCGAGAGAGCUGUAAGUGAUAUCCUUUCGAGGACAAGGCGGGACAACGUAGAGAACGAGGAAACGAUAACCUAUGGUCAAGACGUGUUGAAGUCGGCUCUUUUGCUUGGCGGUACCCAGGCGUCGGAACAAACAAAAGAUGGACUUCAAGAUGAGGCCGCGACAAGAUUAUAUCGGUAUCCGUACGAAUUUCACCGAUUUCUACCUGCGUUGGAGCGCUGCAUGUCCGAGUCUAUUUCCAGGAUGCAGACGGAGCAGGAUAUGGCUGGUGACACUACAGCGGGCAGUUGGAAAGCGUAUAGGCGUGCAGCCGAAACUACAGUUCUUCUCAGUUGUGAGGCGGCAAUUGAAACCGUACAAGGAGCAAAAGAGGCACGUGCCGAAGCGGACGAGUUGUUCGAGGCCAUGCCUACCGGAAUGGAUGGAAUUGGCAACUGGAUGUCUGACUCUAGAACUUGUGGGAACACGCUGAUGAAGAUUGCGCAGAAAGCCUUGUUAAUUGGUGCUAGGAGCCGACAAUCAGACGAAUCCCUGGUGAUGAACGCGGCAGUUUUUGUCGUCGACGAGCUCUUGUCUCGAACUCUCGAGCACGGUCGUUGGAAUGACCGCUCUAAGGAGCAAGGCCGCCGAUGGGGAGAAUCAAAGCCCCAGAAGCGACGACGAACCGAUCUCGUCUUUGAAAACACGGCUCGUGGAAAAGAAGUCCGGUCUGCGUUAGAUAUGCUUCGCAACAGCGGGAUGGGAGAUGAAGCGUUCCUACUCGCAGAAAAGUAUGGCGAUUACGGCACCAUGCUUGCUCUAAAAAUAUCUUCACCUGAUUUCGACAAAUUCAUGGAAGAGGGACUUGAAAAGUUUGGGGAGGAGUUUGGACUGUUUUCAUUCCAGUGGCUUGAAGAUCGCGGACAUAUUCACCUCUUGUUACAAGGGUGCGGUAGUCAGCAAAGCGUCAGAGACGCGCAUUUCAGUCGUUCUGAAAGACUUAACACUCUUUUGUCGGAAUACUUCGCAACAGAACGCGGAAGACUGUCGAACUUGUCAUGGAUCCACUACAUCUCGCAGGGGGAUUACGGGGCGGCCUCGUCUUGCUUGGUCUCCCAAACGCAGAGAGUUGCGGUGCCGGGAAAGGAGGGGUCAGCCAUAAAUACAGCCGUACUAAGCAGUAUAGCGAAACUUGCUUUGAAAGUGACGGCCGGUGGUGUGCAGGAUCGAUUUAGUGAGACUGCAUCUAACUUCGACUACAUAUCUGGGAAGCUGCUGCAUACCAAUCUUCAGGCCGAACUGGAACCCAACGCAGGCACCCUACGACCUUGCGACGUAGUCAUUCGAGAGCUCAUGGACAACUCAGCAACGGAAAGCGAAAGGCUUUCUGACCAAGUUGCGAUGGCUAUUGAAGCUCUGCAGUAUUCUGACGUCGCUUCGAGUGAUGCACAAAAGACGCUGGACUACGUGUGGUAUAGCUGUGUUGAGCGCCAAAGGGAUCUGUGGGUACUUCUUGUCAAGGGUCUUGGUACUGCAAACGACAUGGAAACGCGAAAAACGCUGAGAAGCACAGCUCUGUACCGGGCCGCGGUACGAAUAGGUCUGAGAGAGUCUGCGAUAGCAGAAGUCAUUUCAAGAGGUGCGUUUGAUAAUGGUGAGUUCGCGAAACUUGGCUGUCUCCCAGAAGUUGCAAGACUGAUGAGAGCAACAGUAUCGUUAGCUGCUGCUUGAGUCUUUUGAUGAUACAUAUUGCUCCAACUUGUUACAAGAUCAGCAGUGGAAAGUAUGGCUGUACAAGGAAGAUACUGAAGUUAGCAAACAGGGCAGUGAGCUCUAUACCCUGCUGAUAAACGAUAGCUCGUACUGAGUGGUGUAAACAAGAGAAAGGAACCGAAGCACUGCCGCGGCAUGAGCAAUACUGAGUAUGUUACUACGGCGCAGCAGAGAUAGACCCUCGUAGGAAUAAACUCGUUCUGAGGA